AUGGCUGGGGCUUUUCUCUCGACUGGGCGCGAGGCUCCAAAGCGUCUGGCCAGAUUUGCCCGGUUCGAAGUGCCCCUCGUGCGAUCGAGCGAGUACCAAGGGUCGGAGGCCGACUUAUUGCUCCUGGCUUGGGCAUUGUUGCUCUACCGUUAUAGCAAUGGCAAUCCGGUCCAGUUCACCUGGGGUCGCAAUGGAACUUCCGCCGACUUCACCUUUGAUUUUGAUACGUCAACUGUCACCUGGAAUGCGACCGAUGCGAUCUCGGUAGCAUUUGAGAGCGUGCGAUCCUACCGGCAUCAGAUCCAGGCCGGAAACUUGGUAACCUUGGAUAAUGCGAUCCUCUUUUUCAACGAUGAAUGUGCGCCGAGGGACCUAUCUAGUAAUGCGAGAGUCAGUGAUGGCGAUGCGCUCGGAGGUGGCAUGGCAUGGGGAAAUAUUCAACUGCAAGCUACUAUGUCGGAUAGCAGUCUGUGGUUGCGCCCAUGUUGGCGCGAACCUCUCGGCGCAGAGUACCUGGCAACACACUAUGCACACGCGCUGGUCGAAAUCCUCAAUAUGAUCCUCACGGAUAUGUCCAGCCCGAUAUCUUCAGUCCUUCAAUUAGGUGAACUUGAUCGGUCCGAAAUCUGGUCCUGGAACAAGGAUCUCCCCCAGGCGGUGGACACUUGCAUACAAGAUUUAAUAUCCGAGCAAGUACAGAAACAGCCCGACGCACAGGCGAUCUGUUCAUGGGAUGGGAACCUCACUUACGGGGAAGUUGGACGAUACUCGACCAUUCUCGCACACCAUCUAGUUGGACUGGGCCUACAAAUCGGUCAAAUAGUGCCGAUCUGCUUCGAAAAGUCGCGAUGGACCAUCGUCGCAGUAAUGGGUGUCAUCAAGGCCGGCGGUGCCUUUGUCCUAAUGGAUCCUAGUCAACCACUUGAGAGACGCCAGACUAUUGCCGACCAAGUCAGCGCCACUCUCAUAGUUACUUCGGAGACCCACGGACCUUUUGGUCCUCAAAUUGCCCCUGGUGGGAAAACAGUGGUUAUUUCACAGGACGCCUUGGACGACUUAACUACAGAGGCGACUACUAUCCCUCAUCCUGAACUUCCAACGGUCCCGACCAACUCCAUUUUAUACCUUAUCUUUACUUCCGGAAGCACUGGCAAGCCAAAAGGUGUGAUCAUCAACCACACCACAUAUACUACGAGUGCCAUCGCGCGCAGUGCCGCUGUGGGUUAUACAGCCGAGUCACGAGUCCUUGAUUUCGCAUCCUACGCCUUUGAUGUGGAUGCCUAUGUAUCCCCCUCCGAUGAAGACCGACUCAAUGAUCUCAGUGGAAUUAUUCGUCGUAUGGGCGUCACAAUGUCUAAUAUGACCCCCUCUGUGGCCCGUAUUUUGGAUGCCGAUAUCAUUCCUUCCUUGCACAGCCUUGGUCUCGGUGGAGAGUCAUGCUCCGUGGGAGAUGUGUCUGAAUGGGGUCAACACACAAGAAUUGUCAUCGGAUACGGCCCAUCCGAGUGUACAGUGGGGUGUACCAUCAAUUCCAGCGCCGCCGGUAAGCCCUACGUUAGCAUUGGACCAGGCAAUGGAGGCGUGAUCUGGCUGGUUGAUCCGGAUAAUCAUAACAAAUUGAUGCCAAUUGGAGCGGUUGGUGAAUUGCUCGUUGAAGGGCCUAUUGUGGGCCAAGGAUAUUUGGGUGAUCCUGAAAAGACUGCAGCCGCCUUCAUUGAGGAUCCUGAGUGGCUUGCUGCUGGUGGUGGAGGGGUACCAGGACGCAAAGGCCGACUAUACAAGACUGGUGAUCUGGUCAGGUACGACCCAGACGGCGAGCGUGGGUUUGUAUUCGUUGGCCGUAAGGACACACAAGUCAAGCUUCGCGGACAACGAGUUGAACUCGGCGAGAUUGAGCAUCACCUGCGACGGCUGUUGCCAGCUGGAACUGACGUGGCAGUCGAGGUGAUUGCGCCGCAGGGCCGAAGCAAGGACUCCUUGCUUUUAGCAUUCAUUGCGGAUCCCAAUGCUGAAAUGGCUGGGGGAAAGGAUGAAGAGCUCCGGGAAAUUCAAUUUUCAAAAGCAGUUCGCGAGAAAAUGGUCAAUCUUAACGAAGAUCUAUCCAAACCUCUACCCAUUUACAUGGUGCCAUCAGUAUAUAUCGGUAUCAAUCGCAUGCCGAUGCUUGUCUCAGGAAAAACAGACCGGAAGUCGCUGCGCGCUUUUGGAUCGCAGCUCACACUGCAGUCAAGUACUACCGAUUCCUCCAGCACUGAGAAUCGGGCACCAACCUCAGAGGCCGAGAUCUGUCUACAUGAAAUAUGGUGUCGUCUUCUUACAUUGAAUGCAGACCAAAUUAGCACGACUCACAACUUUUUCAUCCUCGGUGGAGACUCUGUGCUGGCCAUGAAGCUUGUCCCAGCUGUUCGAGAACAAGGCUUUGUCCUGACUGUUGCGGAUAUCUUCAGUUUUCCAGUUCUUUCAGACAUGGCAAAUUCCAUGCAGAGGCAAGAGACUGACUCGCAGAUCGAGGUGCCUCCUUUUUCUAUGAUUGAAUCCAGUUGGGAUCAUAGUGCUGCUUGUACUGAGGCUGCAAUCCAAUGUGGUGUUGAGAAAACAAUGAUAGAAGACAUCUAUCCUUGCACGCCGCUACAAGAAAUUCUCAUGGCCUUCUCAGCAAGAUCGGCCGAAAGUUAUGUUGCUCAGCGAAUUGCAGAGAUUCCGAAACAGGGCAGCGUGGAGAAGCUCAAAGAGGCGUGGAAUAUUGUCAUUAAGGACAGUGCGAUUCUACGUACUCGGGUUGUGGAAUUCAAGGACCAUGGAUUUAUGCAGGUCAUCACCAGUGAAGCUCCGCAAUGGCAGUCAUGCAAUUCAAGUUUGGACCAAUUUUUGGAAAAAGACCAAAAGGUUCCGAUGUCAGUCAACAUGCCAUUGAGCCGAUACUCCAUAAUUUGUGACGAUGUCUCUCAUAAGACAUACUUUGUCUGGACUGUUCACCAUGCAAUCUACGACGGUUGGUCAACCGACCUGAUCAUUGAGCAUGCAAAGAAUGCCUACAAGAACAUUGAAACUCCACGGCCAGCCAACUUCAAGCACUUCAUUCAGUAUCUCGUUGAUCCAGCCAGGGAGUCGUCGAAGGACUAUUGGCGCAUGCAACUGCAAGGUGCAACCGGUCCCCAAUAUCCAGUGCUACCAUCGCGCAUGUAUAUACCGGAGCCCAACGCAAUGGCUCAGCGAUUUAUUUCAGUUGAACAAUCCACCAGAUCCAGUAUCACGACCGCAACAUUUAUCCGAGCGGCUUGGGCUUUGGUGGCAUCGCAGUAUACAAUGAGCGACGACGUGGUAUUUGGCGAAACUUUCGCUGGGCGCACUUUGCGUAUUCCAGGUGUCGAACAGAUCGAAGGCCCAAUGAUCGCCACGGUUCCCGUUCGAAUUCGUAUUGAUCGAUCGGCUCCUACCCAGGAAUUCUUGCAGUCACUCCAAGAACAAGGCAUUGUUCGUGCGGCACACGAGCAUCUUGGGAUGCAGAAUAUCCGUCGUGUGAGUGCCGAUGCCCAGCUAGCGUGCGAAGUCAAGAUGGGUCUCGUCAUUCAGCCUCGCCAGGCAGAUGCAUCUUAUUUCCAAGAGGACGAGCUUCCCCCUUUUCGCGUGGAAGAUGCUGCGCAUGAGGCCCUCCGAUUCAAUUCAUACCCAUUGAUGCUUGCAUGCUCGCUGCAGCGAGGCGGUUUCGAAGUUACAGCAAGCUUUGACUCCAAUCUUAUCACUGAGCCACAAAUGAAUCGUAUUCUGGCACAGAUUGAACACGUUGUUGCGCAGCUUUGUUCUGAUGACUCGGUCCAGAUUGACAGCAUAUCCUGCCUGAGCGAUCAAGAGCGGGCCGAUAUUUGGCAAAUUAACAAAGAGGUUGUUCAAAAUAAAACCACGGACUCUAUCGACCUCGCUGUCGCAACGAAAGGACUCAGUGUAGGAGAUAAAUACCCUACAAGGUUUGUUCCGUGGAUUGUUCAUCCCGCAAAUAAUAACCAACUCAUGCCUAUUGGCGCGGUCGGCGAACUUCUGCUAGAGGGUGCCAGUGAAGCGGAGGGUGUUGAUACUCCCAAAUGGCUCAAGCUUGGAGCAGACGAUAUUGAAGGUCGAGAACAAAAGUUGUACCAAACUGGUGAUCUUGUCAAGUAUGGCGAUGAUAACUCUCUGAUCUUCAUGGGUCGGAAGGAGAGCCUUCGAAGGCUUGAUGGCCAUGUCAUGGAUCUUGCGGCGAUUGAUCUCCAACUUCGUGAGCUACUCCCAGAAAACAUGGAUGUAUUUACACGUCUCAUUAUACCAAAGGGGGCUGAGAAUCAAUCUACUGUACUAGUCGCAUUUCUGAGCGAGACGGCUACCAGUGAGAGCCUCUCUGUUGACCUUGGCAUCAAGUCCCCAGAUCUACCUUUGGCCCCUGCUAUCUCUUCUCGGCUUUCAGAAUCAAUUCUUAGCCUGAACAAGAAGCUCGCCGAUACUCUCCCACCUUAUAUGAUACCCUCGAUAUACAUACCGCUGGAAAACAUUCCCUACACUGGUGACCAAAUGGAUGUUGAAUUCCUUCAAGCCACCGAAAGCAAGGUUACUCAGGAGCUGCUUCUCCAUUUGCGCACCGCCUUCAUGAAUAUUCGUGCAGGUCGGAACAUUCAACAACUGACCACCAAAGAGCGAACUCUUCGAGCACUGUGGGCCAAAUUCCUUGGCAUGGAAGAAGGAAAGCUUGCAUUGGAUGACAAUUUUUUCCGGUUGGGAGGUGAUUCCAUCAUGGCUAUGAAGCUUGUAUCCGCUUUGAGACUCAAUGGCUACCACUUGUCGGUAACGGACAUUUUCCGCAAUAUGCAACUCCGUUCUAUGGCAAGUAUGCUAGAGGAUGCUCCUGUCGACGGUGAGCGUAUUGUUAAAGAAUAUUUAUCAUUUUCUCUAUUGAAGACGCAAGACUUGGAGACCUUUAUCUCCCAAACGAUCCGACCAGCACUGCAAGUAGCAUCCUGGAAGAUUGAGGAUGUUCUCCCAGCUACAGAUCCCCAAGAGCGAGAUGUGGAGUCAACUGUUUCUACUCCCCGCAGUGCAAUUCAGUACAAUAUGCUAUACUUUAACAAAGAUAUUGAUACGAGCCGAUUAGUAGACAGUUUUCAGCAGCUUGUCUCUGUCCACCCGAUUCUCCGAACGGUUUUCGUUAAAGACGGUGGCCGCAUUUUCCAAGUUGUGCUUGAAAAUUUGCAAGUUUCUGUUUCAGAACACAUUAGUGAAGAACCUCUGCGAGAUGUUUGCAAAAAGCUUGCGGAUAAGGAUAUUGAAAUUGACUCGUCAUUCCAACUUGGCUCGUCUUUCCUUCAUCUUUUUGUCGUGCACAGCACCGAAGAAACGGGCUUCAUGAUCCGGAUUUCGCAUGCUCAAUACGAUGGAAUCUCUUUUCCUGAAGUGCUUCGACAACUAGAGAUGAGCUACGGAAAGAAGGAAAUUGUUACUUCAGUGCCUUUCUCGAACUUCAUUCAAUAUCAAGCUGAAUCCAGGGUUGAGAACAUUCAGUACUGGCGCAGUGUCCUUCAGGGCUCCUGGUUGACCUCCCUUCCACCACCAGAGCCAAGCAGCAAGCCAAAGUUUAUCAAGAAGAUUGUUGACGUUUCUGCACGCUCUCCUGAUACUACAAUGGCAACAUUGCUCACAGCCAGCUGGGCUCGUGUACUGGCUCAGCACUUGAGCGCAGACGAUGUCACUUUCGGAGGCCUCGUUUCUGGCCGGACAGUUGAUAUUCCGGGCGUUGACCAAAUUAUGGGACCAUGUUACCAGUAUAUGCCACUCCGCAUCAAAUUCCAGCCUGGGUGGACUGUCAAGGACUUGUUGGAUAGGAUUCGUGACCAGUUCCUCGAGGGCAGCCGACACGCCACGCUUGGAUUCCAGGAAACAUCUGAUAACUGCACAUCAUGGUCACCUACAAUUCCGUUCUUUUCUUCAAUUGUGCACCACCACGAUAUCGAUUACUUUGAUAAAAUUCCAUUUGCAGGAACCGAGUGUGAGGUUGACUACACAAAUCCGCAUCCUGAGUCAUCUCGACCAGUUCGCGUCGUGUCAUAUACCGAAGCCGGUGCCACCUAUGUUGGCAUUGCAGCUGAUGAAGAGCGCUUGGACUUCUGGGAAACCAAACUGGAUGAACUGGCAGAUGCCAUGGAGGGAUUCGUGAAGAGUUCUGCAAUGGUCAUUUGA